GGAUCCUGUCCGGAUUUUGUAGUCCUUAGAUUGAGUCAGUAGGUCGUGUCAGUCAGGGGGUAGAGUCUAAGUGGUGAGGAGUGGAACAGUUGUCCGGUUGUGCACCUGGCACCAUGGUUGACACACGUAGUGGUAAGAGUACUGCCCCGCAGUCAGAAGCCGAGCAGGCACGAAUCGCCGCCAUUCUGAGAGAGAGGAAGGAGGAGCUCCUCAAACAGGCGAAGCUGAAGGCGAUAGCUGAGGAGCAGGUGGCAAAGAAUAAAAAGUUGGAGGAGGAAAUGUUAAGAUUGCAGCAGGAGGAGGAAGAGAAAAGCAAGGUUGCCGAAGAAGAAGCAGCAGCAGAGGAGGAAGAGGUAGAAGAAGAACCCCUCGAAAGGAGGCAUGGGGGAGAAAGAGCAGAAAGCAGCGGCACGAAAGAGGAGGAUAAGUGGAUGGAGAAGAAGAUUAGUGAGUGGGUGGCUAAUUUAUCAUUGGGAGAAGAUGAAGAGGUGAUGUUAUACGAGCAGCUAGAGGAGCAGGUCUUCGUAGCUUAUUUAAGGCCUAUCACUGAGCCUAAAGAAGACACACCCAUCGAUCCAGCUAUUGCCAAGCUGUUGGAAGAGUUCAAAGAUCUCGCAGAGCCGCCAACAGGGGUAGUGUCGCGGCCGAUCCAACAUCGUAUAGAGAUAGAGCCUGGCAGUAGGACUCCUAAGGGAGCAGUCUAUAGGAUGUCCCCAAGGGAGUUAGAGGAGCUGCGUAAGCAGUUAGACGAGCUCCUCGAAAAGGGUUGGAUUAGGCCCAGUUCGUCUCCUUUUGGAGCACCAGUCUUGUUCGUCCCCAAAAAGGAAGGAGAGUUACGGAUGUGCAUAGACUAUAGGGGUCUAAACGCAAUCACAGUAGAGAACGUUGAGCUGCUGCCCAGGAUAGACGAUUUCCUAGAUCGAGUGCAGGGCUGCAGAUAUUUUUCGAAGAUUGAUUUGAAGUCCGGGUAUCAUCAGAUAGAGGUCCAUCCUGAUGACCAGUACAAGAAUGCGUUCCGGACUAGAUAUGGGCACUAUGAGUUCAUAGUGAUGCCCUUUGGACUAACCAAUGCGCCUGCUACGUUCCAACGGUGUAUGAACGAUUUGUUUAGGCCAUGGUUAGACAAAUUUGUUGUAGUUUAUCUAGAUGAUAUAUUAGUAUUCAGUAGGACCCUCCAAGAGCAUCAGGGUCAUUUGAGGCAGGUCUUGGAGAAGCUGAGAGAAGGUAACUUCAAGAUCAAUGCAAAGAAGUGCGAGUGGGCCAAGACACAAGUCUUAUACUUGGGCCACAUGUUAGACGGAGAUGGCAUUAAGCCUGAGGACAGCAAGAUAGCGGCGAUUAGAGAUUGGUCGACGCCCCGCACGUUGACUGAGUUGCGGUCGUUCCUAGGUCUGGCUAACUACUAUCGGAAGUUUGUGAGGAACUUCUUGACUAUUGCCGCUCCCCUCCGCAGGUUGCUCAAGAAAGAGGCAAUCUGGCAGUGGGAUAAAGACUGUACGUCUGCGCGAAAGAAAUUAAAGCGCGCGUUAAUAGAGUACCCUGUCCUCAAAGUAGCAGAUCCGUCCUUGCCAUUUGUCGUCACCAUGGACGCGAGUCAGCAUGGCAUAGGCGCCGUGUUGCAGCAAGACGACGACAAUGGCUACAGACCCGUAGAGUUCAUGUCAGCGAGGAUGCCCUCAGAAAAGGUAGCUACCUUGACAUAUGAGAGAUAACUCUACUCUCUCAGGCAGGCCUUAGAACACUGGAAGCACUCCCUGCUUGGGAGGCACUUCAAAGUGUAUUCAGACCACGAGA